AUGAUUUCAAAACGGAACUACAUUCACAUAUGUUGCACUGUUUACACCAAUGAAAGUCCAAGUGGGAGUAAUUUUACCACGUCAGCACCACGUUGCUCGUCCUCCAUUAAAUUCCAGGCAGCACCCCGGCCAGUCUCUCACAAAGUCCCUAUUUCUAAGCCUGCGGCAACCCGUAACCCGGGGGGUAUUCCAGAAAGCGGAAGUGAACCGAUUCAGAAGUUUUCCACAUCGGCUCGCUUGUAUGCUGCUCCUGCACCGCUUGUUCUUCUACUGCUGACCAAACAUGUGCAGAAGGUCGCAGCCGUUAUUCUGGGAAGAAGUAUCAGAAAAUGGUGGAAAAGCUUGCCACCCAAUAAGAAGCAGCUCUUUCGUGAGUGGACAAGGCAGCGGCGAUGGUACCUUGUAGGAGCUGGCACCGGGCUGCUGGUUUUUAUUUCACUCUUUCUCCUGACCCACCUGGAAGAGUCUCCUGUGACGGGCAGAAGCAGGUUAAUGGUUUUCAGCAGAGAAAACUUUAUGCAGCUUGCCCAACAUGCUUCUGAGGAGUGCAUAAAGAAGUAUGAGAAAUUGUUUCUCCCUGUUUCAGACCCCAAGCAUCAGGUGGUUGAGCAGGUGAUACAGUACUUGGUACAGAGAAACCAGGACAUUGAUGGAAUUAAUUCUAUACCCUGGACAGUUCAUGUGGUAGCGAGUCCUUUGAACAAUGCCUUUGUUUUGCCUGAUGGGAAGGUAUUUGUAUUUACAGGAAUGCUGGACAUUGUUGAUAUCCAUCAGCUGGUUUUUGUAAUGGGUCAUGAGUUGGCGCACGCCCUAAUUGGUCAUGCUGCUGAGCAGGCCAGUCUCUCUCAUAUGGUGGAUUUGUUGUCUAUAUUCCUGUUGACAAUGAUUUGGGCGGUCUGCCCUCGGGACAGUCUUGCUGUGUUGGGACACUGGGUACAAGGCAGACUAGUCCAGUUCAUGUUCGACCGGCCCUUCAGUAGAAAGCUGGAAGCAGAGGCUGAUGAGGUUGGAAUGAAGCUGGCUGCAAAGGCCUGUGCAGAUGUGAGAGCUGCACAAGUGUUUUGGCAGAUGAUGGAGUUAAAUGAUAUAUUGAGUGGAGAGCCCACCAUCCCUGAGUGGCUUUCCACCCACCCAUCUCAUCGCAAUCGCUCCACACACCUUGAACGCCUUGUCCCAGAGGCUCUAGAGCUCCGCAAUAAAUGUGACUGUCCUGCACUUCCUGACAUCGAUCCCCGGAUUACCUUCUCCAAGACUGUGCAACUGUUGCUUGAAAGGCUUGAGAAAGAAAAAAGCAAAGCCCAGGAAAACAAGAAAGAAAGUGAAAUAACUGUAGUGUCUUAUCAAUGACCCAACGUUGGUUAAACAGAGUGAUGGUUACAUCUGCCCUGCUGCAAGCUCUGCUCUGUGAAGAAGACCUGUCUCCAUUUGCUGUGCCGUGAAGACUUCAAGGUCUCCUGAACUUAAAACCAUAAAAAGUGGUCAAAUUAAUGCACUUGGAUUAAUAGUUUUGGCUAUA